AGAAAGCAAGGAAAUAAAGGUAUAGAAAAUCUGGUAGGUCCAAUCUCAUUGUGAAGCCGCAAAGGAUGCCUUCAACCCCUUCAAUUCUAGCCCCCCAAACUCCAUAUCGAUGCCAUCGUCAUUCUCUCUCAGACAUUUUCACAAGCAACAGGCAUUUUUCAACUCAAAACCUUCUGCUUUCUCUGUACCAACAAUGGCUAGAUCACAACAGCGAUACCACGGCGUUCGCCAAAGGCACUGGGGCUCUUGGGUCUCCGAAAUACGCCACCCUUUACUGAAGACAAGAAUAUGGCUCGGCACAUUUGAGACAGCGGAUGAUGCAGCACGAGCAUAUGACGAGGCUGCAAGGAUCAUGUGCGGAACAAGAGCACACACGAACUUUGCAGACAGCAUGAAUGAGCCUCAAUUUUUGUCAUCGAAGUUUCUUUCUGCAACUCUAAUGGCUAAGCUACAAAAAUGCUACAUGAAAUCUCUCGAAAUGGCCAAGAAACCAGUUAUGAAUAAGCUAAAUGAAGUGGAACAAACUCAAUGUCCUAAUGACUUUGCAUUUGUUCAAAGAGAUGGUCAAAUUGGGGUCGAUUUUUCAAGGGAUUAUGUGAAUUGUGAAAGCCAAAUAGGGAGUAAUGACGAUCCAUUUAAACCUUUGGAAGAUGAUCAUGUAGAGCAGAUGAUUGAGGAGUUGAUUGACUAUGGCUCGUUAGAGCUUUGUUAUGUUAUGGGAGAAUGAACAAUUAAGUGUACCAUCC